UGAAGAUAUAUGAAAUUUCUAUGACUUUUUUAUGAGUAUAUUAUAUUUAUAAUAAGGAGCGCAUAGGCCUAAAUUUUUUAUUUUGUAACCAUUUGUUGACAUUGAAAUAGAUAAACUACAGUAAUGAGUCCUCGAGGUGAUACCACCAGCAGUACUAGUAUCUCAAAUGACACCUCUAUUAACUUGGAAUUAGUUACAGAAGUGAGGAAAAGAAUACUUGAAGAACUGAAUGAACCUGAUUGGAAAGAUAAUUAUGAUCAGAGAGAUGUUGAGAGGCUAAAACAAGACAACUGGUACUGUGCCAGGUUUAUCAAACAUCAAAAAGAAGACAUUGAAGAUAGUCUGAACAUGAUAAGAGAAACAUUGAAGUGGAGAAAGGAGAUAGGGAUAAAUGAUCUAGGAAAGGAGAAUCUGCCUGCUGAGUAUUUCACUAUUGGAGCUACCUUUCCAUACAAUUGUGACAAAGCUGGAUGUAGAAUACUGGUAUUGAGGGUAAGACUUCAUAAGAAAAAUUCUUCCACCAUGCUGGAGCAAAAGAAGUUUGUAGCUUACUGGGUAGAAAAGUUGGAUAGAGAAACCAAUGGAGGGAAAAUUUCUCUCUUGGUGGAUUGUGCUGAUUCUGGUCUUUCAAACAUGGAUAUGGAGCUGAUCAUAUACCUAAUAUCAUUAUUUAAAUACUAUUUUCCUUUUGCCUUGGGUUACAUAUAUGUGUAUGAAAUGCCUUGGUUGUUUAAUGCCUGUUGGAAGAUCGUAAAGAGCAUGUUACCAGCUGAAGCAUCACGAAGGUUUAAGUUCAUCAACAAUUCAUCUAUUAAAGAUUAUAUAGCUCUUGACCAGCUGCCUGUCCACCUAGGAGGCUCUUGUACCUUAGACUAUGGUAUUAUUCAGUCUAAUGGCAAAGAAAGUGAACUUUCCAAUGACAUAAGAAUAAAUCCAAGUAAAAAAAAGGUUCAUUUCUCUAAGGAAGAAGAAAUUCAUGAGUCAGAAGAAAACUUAAGCUUUGAGCAGUCCACAGAAUUGGAUACUCCUAGUACCAGAAAAAGCUCUUCUUCAGUGAAAUAUGUUCCUGAUGGCCAAAACAUUCCUCCCCCACCACCUCCUUUUCCAGGGGACACCAUUACUCUUGGUUCAUUAUUAAAGGUCUGCCCAGGCUCAACACUACUCUUCCCUGAAACCAGUGACUCUGAGCCCACUCGUGUGUGCCUUACCCUUACCAACAUUACCAGUAAUUGUGUUGCAUACAAGUUAAAGACAAAUAACUUGGAAAUCUACCGUGUCCGACCACCUUUAGGAAUAAUUGAGCCAGGGGGAUUUAAGAACGUCCACAUUCAGCUAACUGAAGGUUCACACUGUGGACUCGCAGAUAAGUUUCUUCUGAUGGCUUUAGAAGUUGAGGAGAAGGAAGCAAAAGUAGCACAGGUCAAUAGUAUUUGGAAAAAGAGUUCUCCCGAAAAAAUUUUGGAACAUAAGUUUAAAUGUGUUAAUUCUGGAUCUAUGUUGGAAGAUACAGUAGACAGGCCUUUAGAGACAGUCAUGCAUCCUGCCCAAACUGACUCAUUUCCAUGGGAAAGGUUAGAAGGCAAGAUGGUAGCUAUGCACAAAGAGGUAACUCUACUUAAAAACCAGAGUGAUGUUCUUCAGAAAUACCAGAAGAUUGGGAUAAUUUUACUACUGUUUAUUGUUUUUUUUCAAGCAGUUUUGAUAAUAAGCUACCAAUUUUCUACCAAAUCCAUUGAUAACUGUGCUACCUCUUUAGGUGAAUCUUUCUGUAAAAGUACUUAGAUAUCAUGUUACAAAGUGCUAUAUAUAUAAUGAUAUUGUUUGUUAAAUGCUUUAGAUAUAUAUAUAAAUUUAAAGAAAAUAUAUUUUUCAUUAACUUAUAAUUUACUUAAUUCACUCCCCAACCAAAACACACUGUCAGUAUGAUAACAGUGUUUCUUGGUCAGAGAUCAGUCUUGCUGUUCUUAGAAUAUCAAUAUUUUCAGGAUAGAGAUCAGUUAACAUGUGCAUAGUUGCAAGUUAGAUACUGAUCAUGAAGUCUGUAAUAUAUCAACAGUUUCAGAUUAAAGAUCAGUCUUGAUAUCACUAGGAUAUCUAAUUUCUGGUUAGAGAUCAGUUAUAAUGUCAGUAGAUUCAGGUGAGGCCAGUAGGAUAUCAAUAGUUUCAGAUUAGAGGUCAGUUACAAUAUCAGUAGUUUUAGGUUAGGUCAGUUGUAAUGUCAGUAGUAUGUCAAUUUCACAUUCUACAUCAGUCGUAAUGUCAGAAGGAUAUCAGUAGUUUCAAGUUAGAGGUCAGUUGUAAUGACAAAUGGUAACAGUAUAUAAGUAAUUUCAGAUUAUGGGUCAGUCAUAAUAUCAGUAGGAUAUCCGUAGUUUAAGGUUAGAAAUCCGUUAUAAUGUCAGUAGGAUAUCGGUGUUUCAUGUCAGAAAAUCAAUUGUAAUGACAAUAGUUUCUAGUUAGAAACCAGCAUUAGCUCAUGUUGAAAAUUAUGAAAAUGAUAAUAUGGAUAGGAAAUUAUGUCAAAACAAAAUGUUUAGCUCAUUCCAAAAGUCUGGGGCAUUAUUUUUAGAUUUAGACUCAACUUUUGACAUAAAGAUUAAAAAUAUAUCUGUAGUAUUUUAUAUUAUGGACUGAUUAUAUUUAAAAGCAAGUAUUAAUUUUAUUAAUUGGACUUGUGAACAUUUAACUGUAUAAAAGUUUUUUGUAAGGUUUUAAAUAAAACUUUACCUGGUUCAUAAAACAAAUUUGAUGUUAAUCAUGACUUAAUAAAUGUAUCUGAACUGUCAUUAUGUAGUUUCCAAAUGGCUUUAAUGCUCAACAAUAACAUCAGACUUAGUUACACUAAAAAUUUGUCUUGUUUGUAAUGCAAAUCUAAAGUUAAUCAUGACUGAAAUUAUUUAUCUGAACUGUCAUUACUUAGUUUCUAAAUGUCACUAAUGUAUAACA